AUGCAUACCGACAAAACUCACUGGACCUGCUAUAGCUCACCUUAUUUUCAGCGAGAGAUCAUCUCGCUUCAUGUUGGACAGGCCGGCGUUCAAAUUGGCAAUGCGUGCUGGGAGUUGUACUGCUUAGAGCAUGGAAUUCAGCCUGAUGGAAUCAUGCCUGGAGAUAAGACCCAAGGCGUCGAGGACGCCUCGUACAACACGUUCUUCUCGGAAACACAAAGCGGUAAGCACGUCCCACGUGCGGUGUUCGUUGACUUGGAGCCCACCGUAGUCGACGAGGUGCGCACGGGAACCUACGCGAAGCUGUUCCAUCCGGAACAGCUAAUAACCGGCAAGGAGGAUGCGGCCAACAACUACGCACGUGGUCAUUAUACCAUCGGCAAGGAGCUCAUCGACGUAUGCAUGGAUCGAAUUCGACGUUAG